UAUUAAAUUUUGGUCAAACCUUAUUACAUUCGUGUUUUAAUUAAUCGAAUUUAAAAAAUAAUGUAAUUUUAUUAGGUGCAAAUUAACACGGUCAAUAAACAGCUAAAUAAAAUUAGUCAAUAAACAGCCAUUAAAAAGUGAUUGAAUAAAUAAUUAUUUAAUAAAUUAAUAAAUAGAGUAAAUAACCAUAAAUAAAUAAAUAUAUUUGAGGAAUAUAUUACAUAUAUUACAGCUUUUAUCUUUCUUAAAAAUGUCUUUAGAAGCAAAUGAACACUUAAAUGCUGGUGCAGUUAGAAAAAAAUAUAAAUUAUGGAAGGACAGUGAUCAUGAGGUUCCUCUAAAAACACAACAAAGAUGGAGAAAAAGUAUGGAAAAUAACCAUGCUUUAGAGAUUCGUGAAGGCUUAAACGAACAAAUAACGGAUUCAGAUUUGAAUGUGGAUUCAAACCCUGAUUCAAAUAUAGACUCUGAUGAUGAUUCAAGUUCGGAUUCUGAUGCGGACUCAGACGUGGUCUCAGCGGACUCAGAUGUUGACUUAAAUGUGGAUUCUAAUGCAGACUCAGAUCAUGAAGAAAAUAUUGAAAAUGACACUAAUGAUAAUGAUAAUGAUUCUAAUAGAUAUGAAGAAGUAAACAGACAAACGUUUGAAAUGUUAUACGAUGGUAGUGAUAUCAAUGUUCCUAAAGCUGUUUCGUACUUAAUGGAUUUAUAUAUUGAAAAAAAAUUGACAAAACAGUCAUUGCAACAGAUUUUAGAAACACUGCAACAUCUUUUGCCGAAACCAAACUAUAUGCCUGCUACAGUUCAUAAUUUAUUUAAAUUUGUAAAAGAUCGAGCUCCUCUAACUAAAACAAUAAAACAUUUUUAUUGCAACCGAUGCUUAAAAUACUAUGGUCCGUUGGAUAUUGGCAAGGAUAUAGAUUUGGGUAAAUCUAAAAAUUGUAAAAUUUGUUUGGAUGGUAAAGUAAUGUCAUAUUUUUACGAAUAUGAUGUUGAAGAUGCUAUUAAAUUCCUGUUUGAACAUAGAAACUUAGCGAAAAAGUUGAAACAAUUUAAUCGUAAUCGUGAAAAUCGUAUUAUUGAAGAUAUUGUUGAUGGAACAGAGUACAUUAGAGUGAACUCUAGAAGAAAUAGAAAUAUCUAUGAUCUAACAUUAAUACUCAAUACAGAUGGUAUUUCACUAUCCAAUAGUUCUAAAUUAAAUUGUUGGCCCUUGAUGUUCACAAUAGCUGAACUCCCAGAGCAUCUACGAGAAUCUCAUUUAGUAAUGAUUGGUUUUUGGUGUGACUCAGACAAAAAACCAUCGAUGAAUACUUUUCUUCGUCCUUUCUGUGAAAAAUUGGUAACUUGUUUUACGAAAGGAAUAAAAUGGAUUGAUCCUAUUACGCGUAAGGAAUUUAUUUCUAAAGUAGUUGCACCCUUAUUCAUUGCUGAUGCACCAGCAAGAGCUGAAAUACAAAAUAUUCAAUAUUUUAGUGGAAAAUAUGGUUGCAAUAUUUGUGAGAUAAAACAGAAACGAUGUCAACCUGUUGUUGGGAGUAAGACUAUUCGUAUUUAUAAAUUUACUGAUAAAAGAAUCAAAUUGCGUGAUGAGUUAAGGAUGUACGAUCAAGCUGAACAACUUAUUGAGAAUCCAGGAAAACUUAUUAAAGGUGUCAAAGGUUUAUCAGUAGUCGAUGUACUGCCUUUUUUAGAUUUAGCUACGUGUGUUAUGCCAGAGUACAUGCACUCGGUCUUACUGGGCGUGGGCAAGCAAUUUAUGAAUAUUUAUUUUUGUAAAAAAGGCGACUGGAAUAUUUCUGAACACUUAGAAGCAAUUGACCAAAUGUUAUUGAAUAUUUGCCCUCCACAUUCUUUUCAUAGACUACCACGAAAACUUUCUCUACACGCUCAUUACAAAGCUUCUGAAAUUUAUAAUUGGAUUCUAUACUAUUCCAUUCCGAUUCUGUCGCUUUUUUUACCAAAAAAAUAUUUGGACCAUUGGUUAUUACUCGUAAAGGCCAUACACAUUUUGCUCCAACGUCAGAUUGUUGAAGAUGAUCUUAAGGUGGCAGAGAAAUGCUUACAAACUUUUGUAAAAAAUAUCGAAGAGUUAUAUGGUGACAGAGAGUAUACAUAUAAUGUACAUCAACUUCUGCAUCUAGUACUAUGUGUUCGUCGGUGGGGCCCACUUUGGGCAACGUCUGCAUUUUCUUUCGAAAACGCCAAUGGUUUUAUAGUUUCACAAAUUCACGGAACUAAAAAUAUCGGUUCCGAAGUAAUAAACAAUAUAACGAUUUAUCAAGGAGCUAUAAUUUUAAAGAAUCAGGUUGAUUCGAGUACUGAAUUGGAUCGUAUAGACGAUAAAAUGAACGCAUUUAAAGUAAGUGGUGUUAAAAAAAAUGAAUUUUUGAAUGAGUUUGAGAUACAAACUUUCCAGACUAUGGGUCUUGAUCAUAAAACCGUAUCAAUUUACACAAAAGCGAACAUAAAUAAAACAGUUUUUACCUCUCAAAUUUUUCAAAAAACUAAAAAUGACAGUUCUAAUGUUAUUAUUACUACCAGUAAUAAUAAAGUGAAAUAUGGUUCUAUACGAUUUUUUUUUGUUAUUGACAACAACUUAUAUGUAUCUUUACAGUAUUAUCGCGUUAUGCAUGUAAAAAUAUUUUUUAAUCACAAUUGUAGAGAAAAAAUAAAUCAUAUAAUACCAGUUGAGCUACAAAACGAAUUCUGUUUAAUUAAAUUCAAAGAUAUUAAAUCGAUGAAUACUCUUAUAAAAGUUGAAAAUUAUUUAUGUCAAGCUCCAAAUAACUUACACAAAAUUUAUUAAAGAAUAAAAAAUGAUAGAUAAAUAAUCACAUCAAUAAAAAUAACAUUUUUAUGGAACAAUAUUCAGUCAAUACUAUUUUUUUUUUACUUUUUGCGUAUCUGUCUUGAUCAAUUACUA